GGCAGCAGGGCGGCCGGUCCCCAUCCCGCCAUGGGGAAGAAGCACAAGAAGCACAAGGCCGAAUGGCGGGCGGCCUACAACGGCUCUGAUACCUCAGCAGCAUCUUCUGGCCCAACAGAUCCCCACACGAAUGUUGGGGGACCUCUGAGAGUCCGCAAACUCCACUUUAAGCUUCCCUGUGACAACAGUAUUCUGUUUGAGAGAGAUUAUGUAGACAAACCCCUGGACAAACCCCUGAAAUUGGUCCUUAAAGUUGGAGGAAGUGAAGUGACUGAACUCUCGGGAUCCGGGCAUGAUUCUAGUUACUAUGACGACAGAUCGGACCACGAGCGAGAACGACAUAAAGAGAAAAAGAAGAAAAAGAAAAAGAAGUCCGAGAAGGAGAAAGAAAAGCACCUGGACGACGAGGAGAGGAGAAAACGAAAGGAAGAGAAGAAAAGGAAACGUGAGAAAGAGCACUGCGACACGGAGGGAGAGACAGAUGACUUUGAUCCAAGGAAGAAGGUGGAAGUUGAACCGCCGCCAGAUCGGCCGGUCCGAGCGUGCCGGACUCAGCCUGCUGAAAGUGAGAGUACGCCCAUUCAGCAGCUGUUAGAGCAUUUCCUCCGCCAACUUCAGAGGAAAGAUCCUCAUGGGUUUUUUGCUUUUCCUGUCACGGACGCCAUCGCCCCAGGGUACUCCAUGAUAAUAAAACAUCCCAUGGAUUUCGGAACGAUGAAGGACAAAAUCGUGGCCAACGAAUACAAGUCGGUGACGGAAUUUAAGGCAGAUUUCAAACUGAUGUGUGAUAACGCCAUGACGUACAACAGACCCGAUACCGUGUACUAUAAAUUAGCCAAGAAGAUCCUCCACACAGGCUUUAAGAUGAUGAGCAAAGAACGGCUGUUAGCUUUGAAGCGCAGCGUGUCGUUUAUGCAGGACAUGGAUUUUUCUCAGCAGGCAGCUCUUUUGGGUAACGAAGACCCAGCCGUUGAGGAGCCCGUCCCCGAAGUCAUCCCCGUACAAGUAGAGACCGCCAAGAAAUCCAAAAAGCCAAGUAAAGAAGUGAUUAGUUGCAUCUUUGAGCCGGAAGGAAACGCCUGCAGCCUGACGGACAGCACGGCCGAAGAGCACGUCCUGGCCUUGGUGGAACACGCAGCCGACGAAGCUCGGGAUAGGAUCCACAGAUAUCUGCCCAACAGCAAGAUGGGUUACCUGAAAAAGAAUGGAGACGGGGCUUUGCUUUACAGUGUGGUGAAUUCAUCCGACCCUGAGGCAGAAGAGGAAGAAACUCACUCAGUGGAUCUGAGCUCCCUGUCAAGCAAACUGUUACCGGGUUUCACCACUCUGGGCUUUAAGGACGAAAGGAGAAACAAAGUCACAUUUCUCACAAGUGCAAGUACCGCUCUUUCCAUGCAAAAUAAUUCUGUGUUCAGCGACCUGAAAUCAGAUGAAAUGGAACUGCUAUAUGCAGCGUAUGGAGAUGAAACUGGUAUACAGUGUGCAUUAAGCCUACAGGAAUUUGUGAAAGACUCUGGGAGUUACAGUAAGAAAAUUGUGGAUGAUCUCUUGGAUCAGAUCACGGGUGGCGAUCAUUCCAAAACAAUUUAUCAGCUGAAACAGAGGAGAAACAUUCCGAUGAAGCCUCCAGAUGAAGUCAAGAUGGGUGAUUCAAUCGGAGACAGCAAUAGCUCCGUUUUGGACUUCAUGUCCAUGAAGUCGUAUUCUGAUGUCUCACUCGAUAUUUCCAUGCUCAGUUCAUUGGGCAAAGUAAAGAAGGAGCUGGAUCCCGACGAGAAUCAUUUGAACCUGGAUGAGACCACCAAGCUGUUGCAGGACCUCCACGAGGCCCAGACGGACAGAGUGGGCUCCAGACCGUCUUCUAACCUCAGCUCGCUCUCCAACACCUCGGAAAGGGACCAGCAUCACCUGGGAAGCCCAUCCCAUCUCAGUGUGGCCGAACAGCAAGACAUGGUCCACGAUCCCUAUGAAUUCCUUCAGUCUCCAGAGCCCGCAACCUCCACUAAUAGUUAAUGUACAGGUUCGGGAGGGCUUUUAUAUUCUGCAUUUUAAUUAUAACGUUUUUGUCUAAAGAUGAAAACUUCAAUCUUAUCCUCUUUGGAUCGAGGAAAGCGACUGUAUUAUAUUGCCAGGGGCAAACGCAAAAUUGGCUCCCACUGAAUCGUGUCGGCGUCUCAGAUGCAGCAGUUUUUGUACAGAGCGAGUGUAUACCCUGCAGGAGUGAGAAGACGGAUGGUGUGUGUAUCAAGGUUUGUCUCAUCAGUUUCCGAGCAUCACGACUGUGUCAUUAAAAAGGUUUUCUAUCGCC